AUGCUGCAGAUUAAGGUUGAUGCGGAAGGCAUUUGGAAGGUGGUUGUGCACACAGUUGAUCAUACCCACGAAAUGAUACCUGAGAAUCAGCGUCACUUGGAUCAGUCACAUAGGCAGAUGCCUGAUAAUGAUGUAGUGCUUCUAGGUGGGAUGAAGGAGCAGGGAAUUGGCCUUAUACACGGGUAUAAGAUGCUGCAUAAGCAAGGGAAUGGUUCUCCAAACCUUAACUACACCAUCACGGAUGCGAGAAACAAGGUGGCUGCACUUGAACAUGCGAGGUGGGAGGGUGGUAAUGCGAAUAAGUUGCUUGAUAUUCUAAGGAAGAGGAAAGCAAUUGAGCUAGACUUUUUCUUUGAUUUCUUGCAUGAUGAGUCUUGUAGCCUGAAGAAAGACCGAUUUUCUGGUGGUGCACUCUCUUCACAGAGGAGUGAGUCGAUGAACAAGGCAAUUUGUCAGGAAUUCCCAAUAUGUAUGCGCGUGUGUAUCUUCUAUGAUCACUUUGAGGAGGUGGUGAAGGGCUGGAAGAAGAAAGAUACCCAUGCAAAUUUCAGGUGUAAUAACGGACGUGUGGAGAUGAAGUUCAAAGAUGUGAAUUUACUUACGCAUGCACAAUGUUACAUUUUGGGUCGGUGGAGAAGGAACACUAUCAAGGAUUAUAGUGUUAUUGCUUCAGUUAGUAAUGGAGGGUCUGGGGUUGUAGGUUCUACGAUUUGGAGGUCAGAUGUUAUCGGCAAAUUUAUUAGGCUGGUUUCGGCAAGUGAGCCGUCUCCAGCAGCUAAACAGCUUAUCGAGGACGGUAUGAGUGUAAUGGCAAGAGUGGUCGAGGCUGAAGUUGGAGCUAUACAGUCUAGAGAGGCAGAGGAAAAAGAAGAGGCUUCAGCAUCAAAUGUGGUUGUUAAUGAUCCUGAGAAACUGAGGCCAAUUGGUGAGACUAAUGUAAGGUGGGUGAGUACUAUGGAGAAGAAAAACAAUCAAGCUCGAGGAAAGAGGAAGAGAGCUGCAACGUGA